CCGCCGGCCGGUGUGUUCACGUGGCUGGGGCGCUCUGUCCUGUUUUGGCCAUGGCGGCCGCAAACUCUACUGUGGUAAAGCGAGUGGAGGAGCUCGGGGACUUGGCUCAGGCCCACAUACAGCAACUUAGCGAAGCCGCUGGCGAAGACGAUCAUUUUUUAAUUCGGGCCUCUGCUGCUCUAGAAAAACUGAAACUCCUUUGUGGAGAAGACAAAGAAUGUUCAGAUCCAUCAAACCUUCUAGAACUUUACACACAGGCUAUUUUGGACAUGACAUAUUUUGAAGAGAACAAGCUAGUAGAUGAAGAUUUUCCUGAAGAUUCUUAUUCUUCUUCACAGAAAGUAAAAGAUCUGAUAAGUUUUCUUUCAGAACCAGAAAUUUUAGUUAAGGAAAAUAAUAUGCACCCAAAACAGUGCACUUUGCUUGGGGACGAGCUACUGGAAUGUCUGUCUUGGAGACGAGGAGCUCUACUCUACAUGUAUUGUCAUUCUCUUACCAAAAGGAGAGAGUGGCUCUCAAGAAAAUCUAGUUUGCUUAAAAAGUACCUUGUUGAUGGAAUCAGUUACUUGCUACAGAUGCUAAAUUAUCGGUGUCCUGUGGAAUUAAAUGAAGGAGUUUCCUUUCAAGACAUAGAGACAGCUAAAUUACUGAGUGAAGGAAUUUUUAGUGACAUUCAUCUGCUGGCUAUGAUGUACUGUGGAGAAAUGUGUUACUGGGGAUUGAAGCAUUGUGCAAAUCGACAGUCAGAAAAUCAUGAAGUGGAUACUAAUGCUUCUGGAGCAAGCUGUACUACACACAAAGAACCAUUGGACUUCCGAGAAGUAGGGGAAAAAAUUUUGAACAAGUAUGUAUCUGUGUGUGAAGGACCCCUGAAAGAACAAGAAUGGAAUACAACAAAUGCAAAACAAAUUUUAAAUUUCUUUCAGCAUUGUCAUAACUAGUAACUUCAUCCAUUCCUUUUCAAACAGACCGAAAAAAAUAGACAAAAAAGACGCAUGAAAUGGAAAAGUUCUAGAAAAGAAGACACGUUGACACUAAAUUUGAGAAUGUUACACUACAUAAAGACUACAGCAUAGUUACCCUUUUUUAAGAGCCAGCACUGUCUUUCAUUUUAUAUUUUUAAUCCUAUGAAAGAAUGAUUCUUUAAUUUUUAAAAUAACGUGUGUUAUUUUAACUCAGCCUGAACUACAGAUAUCCUGUAACUAAUAAUAAGGAGGAACCCCAUUUUAUUUUCCAAAGAUUAUUUUUCUUUUACUUUAGAUUAUGUUUUAAUCUUCCUAUAUUGAAGUUUGUCAAGAUUAAAAUCAAGUUACAUCAUUUCUUUGAAAAUACACUGUGGAUAUAAGAAUAGGCAAAAUGAAAAAUUAUGAUUAAUAUUCAGCUUCCAUUUUCAACAUACGGUAAAUAAUGAAAGACUCCUCAAAGAAAUCAUUGUGUUUAAUUUGCCGUGAAUUACUAAUGGCAAUUAAAUUUUUUACUCUAGUAUCAUUUUAUGAAAAUUUAAAAAUUAUAUUCCAAUUUGGUUUAAAAGAAAAUCCAUGGUUUAUGAAGUGAUUAAUGAAGAUUAAAAAGCACGUUAGGUUAGUCAACCAUUAGUAGCUCCUAUGCCCUUAGGGGACAUCUGAUCAUACUAUAUUAAAAUUUUAAUAUUUUUUUGCCUUUAACAGUAGGUAUGAGUAGUAAAAGCCAGAUAACCUAUCUUGGUACCUUCCGCACAGUCUUUCUGUCUACCUCAACUCCAGUUUUCGUCUUGGGGGGAUGAUCUGUUUCAUACUCUAGGUGCGGGGUUUCUCGACUUCUGCGCCAGUGACUUUUAUCGCAUUCCAGCAACUUACUCCCAUGACCACAUCUUGAAUUGAAUCCUGAUCAAGUUUCUCUUUCUGAAAUCUUAAAUUUCACUACCCAUUAACUGAUGACAAUUCUCAUCUUUCUGGAUUUUCCACUUCCUUAUUUUUGUAGAUUUUUUCUUUUCCUUAUUUCCAUUUACCAUCUCUUUAGCUUUUCACAACCUCCUUUUCUUGACUACAUCCUCUUUCUUCUAAACAGUUGGCCACUUUCAGAUUUCUUUUAUUCCUAUCCAGCCUCAGCCUUAUGGGGUGCCGUAUGAACUACUUGCUUGCCAGUUCCCUCAAAUCCCUGUUCCCCAUGGCCUUCAGCCUAGUCAUUCUGCCGGCUGUCAACCUUGAAUUAAUCCUACUAUCCACCUUUUCUGGGAUGGUGAGCUCCACUUGAAGUUCAUGUAGUUCUUCAGAGUGGAAUCACUACAAGUGUCUUGCCUCAAACUUUAGAAGAAUCCUCAAUGUAAGCCUUUGUUUAUUACUAGUGUGGCCUCAAUCUUUUCCCACUGUGGCUAAUCCAAACAUCAUCACUUGCCUCAGGCCCUCUGUCUCCUCCUCUAGCACAUGGCCCUUCUUUCUGUUGUAGAGAAAAUGGAGAGUGAGGUGGUCAACUUCGGUUUACCAGUUUUACCUCACUCAUUUUUCCUAUUUUUAGAGAAAAAGAGGUAGCCUCCUUCCUGUUGAAGUCUAAUCCCUACCUGUGCUGCAGAUUUUAUCUGUACUGUCUCCCUCAUUUCCUUGGGCCUAACUUUUAUUUAUUGGUCUUCUUUAUGGGCCUACUCUCUAGUUGUUGAUCUCAUUUAAAGGUUUACCCUGUUUCUUUCUUUCCUUCUCUCUUCUUGUCCCCUCCUUUAUUCUCUUUUUCUUUUUUACUUAUUACAGAUACCCUUCUUAGGCAAUGUCAUUCAUAGAUAUGGCUUCACAUGCCACCUGUAAUAUUAGGCUGACUCCCACAACCAGUAAUCAGUUCUUGUCCAGUUGCUUCUGACUCAUGGUGACCCCAUGUAUUGCAGAGUAGAUUUGUGCUGCAAGUGUUUUCAAGUCUGUGACCUUUUGGAAGCAGAUCAUCAGGCCUUUCUUCUGAAGUGCUUCUGGAUGGUUUAGAUCACUAACCUUUUAGUUAGUACAGCACUUAUCCAUUUGCACCACCCAGGGACUCCACUGACUCCCAAACUAGCUUGACUUUAGGCUUCUCUCCUGAGCUCUAAACCUUAUUUCUAACUUCCUGUUAAGUAUGUUUGGAGCUCUGGUGGCGCAGUGGUUAAGAGUUUGGCUGCUAACCAGAAGGUCAGCAGUUCAAAUCCACCACCUGCCACUUGGAAACCCUAUGGAGCAGCUCUACUCUGUCCUGUAGGGUUACUAUAAGUCAGAAUUGACUCGACAGCAAUGGAUUUUAUUAAGUGUGUUUACGAGAUAGACAUCUCAUAGUGAUAUUAUGUUCAAUAUGUCCAAACAAUUCAUCUUCAUCUUUCUGGUAUCAGUAUGGCCACCUCUGCUCUCCUUUGAUUACUACAGGUAUAUGUUGCAUAAUGUCCAUUCGGGCAAUAUCUGAUCACUUUUAAAUCCAUGGUCCCAUAAGGUUAUAAUAAAGUUCAGAAAUUCCAACUGGAGAAUGGGAUGUAGCAGAUGUUCUUUGCUAAGUACUGUAGAUUCUAUCUGUCUCUCACUAGCACUCAGGGUCCCUUGUCAGCUCCAGUCCUGGGGCAGCAGGGGGAGGGUGUCCUGGCACCCAUCCUUGGCUGCCUGUCCCACCGCACUUGCCUCAGGCAGGGACUGCACAGACACCACCAGAGCCACUGAUGGGGAUGUCCCACCAGGCCACCACCCCACUUGACCAGGGUGCCCUGUGCAUCACGCCUGGACCAAAGAUUGCGGCUCAUCCCUUGGUGGCAGCUGCUGGGCAAUCCGGGCUGUGGCAGUGGUGGGAGGAGGAGCAGAAAAAUGGCCAGGGAGGAGGCAGAGGCCAAGGUAGAGGAGGGAAGGCAGGGAUAGAAGAGUUUAAAGCCCAUUAGGGGAGGCGGGGAAGGCAGGCAGGGGGGAAGAAAGGGAAGGGAGCCUGCGGUGGAGUCAGAAUUUUUGCGCAGUCCCUUGGUGUAGUGGUGGCGGCCUAGGUCCCGGGCAUGACCAGUGACCGUCCUUCACAUCCCUCUUCUGUAUAUAGUUUGGUGUUUGCACCAGGGCUUUAAAUCAGUUCAUAACAGUUCAGUAAUCGCCGUUGUAAAUGAGGGCAGUGUACACACUGCAUAGCAGCCAAAUCUGUUGCCCAUCAGGUUUUGACCUGAGUAGGAAACAAACAGUGGUGCCCCGCUCAGAGAUGGUAGCCGACUGAGCUGCUUUGAAUGCGUGUUUUUCUCCACAGUCCUGCCAAUAAUCCAGUCUCACAUAUCAGGCUCCUGAAACUUUCAGGAUCCAUGCAGAAGACUGGGUUAUUGGCAGGACUGUGGAGAGUGACACACAUUAAAAGUGGUGCUGUUGGCCGCCAUCUUUGAGGUAGACAUCGCUGUUUGUUUCCUACUCAGGUCAGAAUGCAGUGGGCAACAGAUUUGGUUGCCGUGCAACACUUACACUCCCCUUACUUACGUCAGCAAAUACUGAACUGUUCCAAAUUGGUUUGAAAGAAAUCACACAACGUCAUAUUUCACAGAACAUAAAAGUGACACAUACCUGUAUUUGCACAGAACAUCCUUUUCCAUCCCCUCACUUUAAUCUGUUUGUGUCUUUGGGCCUAAGAUGUAUCUCUUAUAGACAGCCUAUAGAUGGACCAUGUUUUCUUAUCUAAUCUGCCACUCUCUGCCUUUUGAUUGGAGUGCUUAAUCCAUUAAUGUUCAGGGUAGAUAUUGAGAGAAGAUGAUUUACAUUUGCCAUUUUAUUGUACACUGUUUUAUGAGAUUUCUAGGUUGGUUGAUUUGUUUUUUCUCUUUUCCUCCAGUGCUGAGUCCUUUUUAUAUAUAGCUUUUGUCUCCCUUUUGUUAAUUUUUUUUAGUAGAUGUUGAGCUAUUUUGUUUUUCUUCUUUAUUUUGGUGUAUAAUUUUGUUACUUUCCUCUGUAGUUGCCGUGAGGAUUAUGUUUAAUAUCUUACAGUUAAAGCUACCUAUUGUAUCUUGAUACCAGUUUGACUUCCCUAAAAUAUGUAAAAGUCUCUGUCUACCCCAGGCCCCUGUUCUUUUAUAUGGAUGUUAUCAUUGCUUCUUUGUCUUCUGGCAUCCCUGUAUUCCUAGUUUGUUUUAUUGUUAUAUGUAAAUAGUUACUAUUCUCUCUCUAUUUUUUUUAAUCUUCUCCCUGUAAGUUUGUCAUUGUAGAGUAUGAAGGACUUGUUUUAUUUACUAGCUGUCCCUUGCUGUAUGUAUCACUUCUAGUUGUUGUCUGGAUGUCAUUGUUUUUCAUUCUGUAUUACUUUCUUUAAUAUUUCUUAUAGGGCUGGGCUGGUAGUUACAAAUUCCCUUAAUUUCUGUUUAUCUGGGAAUGUCCUAAUUUUACCCUCAUUUUUGAAUGACAGUUUUGCUGGAUAUACAGUCAUGCACUGCAUACUGUCCAUUUGGGCAACAUCCGAUUGCAUGCACAUCUGUGGUCCCAUCAGAUUUUUUCUUCUUCUCUUUUUUUUGAAAGGAAAGCAGCUCUCCUUUGGCUUAUUAUGUCCCCCCCUAAUGGUUUCAAGACCUGAUUAUUUUCUUCUUUAAAUUUUUUGUUGACACUAUGUGUUUUUUACUAAUGGAAGGAAUGCUGAUUAAAGGACCAAUUCAGAAUUUUUGUCACAAGUUAUAGAUUUUGAUACCCAUUAUGUGGAAACACAUGUGCCCCAGUAGACCCUGGAGGUAGUAAAUGAUGGCAGUAUGAGUCAAGGAUAAAAUCACUGUUUUAUUUAUUUCUUAAAAAUUUGCAAAACAUGAGGUAAAACAUGAAGGCACCUGGCAAUGACUGCCCAUAUAUUUUAUUCCAGUCUCCUCCUCCUCAGUCUUUUUAUGAUUUUUCAUGAAACUUUUCCAAACAUGGUACAAUGCAUUCUUCCUUACUGCAAAAGCAGUACUUACACACCAGAUGAAUAAAACUAAAGGAAUUUGAAUCUCAGGAAAAUUACCACUGUGUAUCCUUUAUUAUAACAAAAGCAGUACUAACAGCUAAGAAGCAGAAGCAGCUGCCCUGGAAUAUUGCUGGACUGCACACAGUGGUGCAUUCCAGCUGGCUAAAUGUGGGUGCAGUGAGUGGGCCCUAAGAUUGAGUGCAGGGUAAGAGUAAUUUACAGAGUUCGAGUCCCUUGCAAAGUACCAGUGCAACACAUUAUUCCUUAUUGCAAAGGCCAUUACUUACUGUUCAGAAUCUAGAAAAGCAGUUCUGAAAGAUUGCAGAACAAAGACUGAAAGCAGAGCAGGGAGCCAGUAACACCUGGAAACAAUGAAUGGUGUCAGGGAGAAAAUGGCCACUAUGACUGACUGAAGACUAAGAAUACUUUAUUCUUACAAUAAGUACAUUCUCAGGAGAAACAUAGUAUUAACUGGGAAACAUAGUGAGGAGGCUUCUCUCACAGAAGUAAAGACAAACCUGUCAAAUGUUUAGAAAAUCCACACAUCCAGGAGGCAUCACCUAAGACAGUGUUCAGUCUACACAAAAAUGAGGCUCUGACUCAGGGUUCUUGAGUUUCACCCAUUCUACCUUGAGGUAAAUGCAUUAAAAUCAGGCUGCCUGUUUCCUAAAGAACUCCAGAGGCAUAAAAAGUGGUUGGGAUACCGUAUGUACCGUAUGUCACAAAAGGGUUUUAAAAGUGAAUCCUGGUGGUGCAGUAGUUAGUGCUUGGCUGCUAACUGAAAGGUUGGUGGUUAGAACCCAUCAGCUGCUCUGUGGGAGAAAGAUGCAGCAGUCUGCUUCCGUAAAUAUUACAACCUUGGAAACCACGUGGGGCAGUUGUACUGUGUCCAAUAAAGCAUUACUGUAAGUUGGAGUUCAACUUGAUGACAGUAGAUUUUGUUUUGUUUUAUUUAAAUGGUUUUUAAAGACCCCAAUUCCCUGGAGUGAACGAGCAGCAGGGC